CGGAAAGCCGGGACCCGAAGCAAAGCUGCUGCCAAGCGUGCCCAGAGGGGCUCCUCCAACGUCUUCUCCAUGUUCGAGCAGUCUCAGAUCCAGGAGUUCAAGGAGGCUUUCAGCUGCAUCGACCAGAACCGUGACGGCAUUAUCACGAAAUCAGACCUGAAGGAGACCUAUUCCCAGCUUGGGAAAUUGAACAUGAAGGACGAGGAGCUGGACGAGAUGCUGAAGGAGGGGAAGGGCCCCAUCAACUUCACCGUCUUCCUCGCACUCUUCGGGGAGAAGCUGAAUGGCACCGACCCGGAGGAAUCCAUCCUCAACGCUUUCAAACUCUUCGACCCCGACGGAACCGGCCACGUGAACAAGGACGAGUUUAAGCAGCUCCUGCUGACCCAGGCAGACAAGUUCACCCCGGAGGAGGUGGAGCAGAUGUUCGCGGUGACGCCCAUCGACGUGGCGGGAAACAUUGAUUACAAAUCCCUCUGUUACAUCAUCACCCACGGUGACGAGAAGGAGGACUGA